ACGGAAGUAGAAUAAUAUUUUAUGCUCCCCCAGUCCCCAAGACAUGGUCAUCUUCGCAAGAGAAAUGCAGAAAAUGGGACCCACUAUCUCUGCAUUUCCCUUCUUUUUAAUCAUUCACAGGCGCCAUGACUUCUCACCAUUUUCCUUUUCUUCCCCUAAUCGGACCGUGCUAUGGCGGAGACUCACCGGCGGCGGAGAAAGUCGCCGACGACCACAUUCCAACUCGCCAUCAUUGUCUUCCUGGUGAGCUUAGUGAAUUUGCAGUUCAGUUCAGUCAAGUUUGUUUGGAGUCAAUCCAUAGUCAACGGUGCCGGCACCGCUUCACAACUCGAUAAUCCGGCUGUGCUUGAUUUAGUUACUCGAACUGUAUAUAACCGUAUAUACAAUCUGACGCUAGGCCUUUUCGACAACCAAUUUUCGGAUAAAUUCAAAUUCUGCAUUCUAAAUCGAGAUGAAGAAUGGAACCAUGCCUUCAAUUACUCAUCUAAUCUCGCUUUUCUCAGUGCUUGUGUUACCAGAACAAAAGGGGAUAUUCAAAGAAGGUUGUGUACUGCUGCAGAAAUUAGUUCCUACUUCAGUAACACCAUAACAUCAGGGUCCAAUUAUUUAACGCCCAACAGAAACUGUAAUUUGACCUCUUGGGUUCCAGGCUGUGAACCAGGAUGGGCCUGUAGCACCAACUCAGAUCAGAACCCUGACUUGAGGAAUUCUAGAGAAAUACCAGCGAGAACUCUUGCUUGUCAGUCCUGCUGUGAGGGUUUCUUCUGUCCUCACGGUCUUACCUGUAUGAUACCCUGCCCUUUAGGUUCCUACUGCCCACUUGCCACACUCAAUAGGAAUACUGGAAUAUGCGAACCAUAUAGUUAUCAAUUACCUCCUGGGCAGCCAAGUCAUACUUGUGGUGGGGCAAACAUUUGGUCUGAUGUUCGCAGCAGCUCAGAGGUAUUUUGUUCUGCGGGAUCAUAUUGUCCAACAAAUACGGAGAAGAAUCCUUGCAGUAGUGGGAACUACUGCCCCACGGGUUCUACGGCUGAGAAACGAUGCUUCAAGUUGACUUCAUGCAAUCCAAACACUGCAAGUCAGAAUAUUCAUGCAUAUGGGGCGAUGCUCAUAGCAGCUUUAGCCACACUUCUACUUAUAAUUUACAACUGUUCGGACCAAAUCAUCACCGUACGAGAAAGGAGACUCGCUAGAUCCCGGGAAGCAGCUGCAAAAGUUGUUAAAGAAAAUAUACAGGCACGUGCAAGGUGGAAAACUGCAAAAGAGGCUGCUAAAAAGCAUGCAGUUGAAUUGCAAGGGCAAUUUUCUCGCAAGUUUUCUCGCAAGCGAAAUAUCACAGUCAGUGACAAGGUCACAGUACUGAAUGAGGAAUAUACUGAUACUGAUGGUAAUUCAUAUCCAUCAAAUGAGCACAGUACUUCUUUAGUGUCCAAGAAAUCGCAAAGCGCAUCUGAAGUAGAGGAAAUAGGAUCCAGUCCCUUGAUGAAGAUGAUUAAUGAGAUUGAAGAACAAACUUUUGAUAGUUCAGAAUCAUUCAGUUUGGAGAUCAAAGAAAGAAAUUUGAAAACCAAAAAGGCCAAAGGGAAAGAUAUUCAUACUCAUAGCCAAAUCUUCAAGUAUGCAUAUGCACAACUUGAGAGAGAAAAAGCUCAGCAACAGCAGAAUAACAACCUUACUUUCUCUGGUGUAAUCUCAAUGGCGACAAAUACUGAUUACAAGAAAAGACUUGUAAUUGAGAUAGGUUUUACAGACUUAACUGUUACUUUGAAAGGAAAAAAGAAGCAUCUGUUACGAUCUGUUAAUGGAAAAAUCAUGCCUGGUCGUAUUACUUCUGUCAUGGGUCCAUCAGGAGCAGGGAAAACUACUCUCCUUUCAGCUCUGGCAGGAAAAACUGUUGGAUGUACAAUUUCUGGUUCCAUCCUUAUAAAUGGAAAAUCAGAACCAAUCCGUUCCUACAGAAAGAUCGUCGGUUUUGUGCCACAGGAUGAUAUUGUGCAUGGCAACUUGACUGUUGAGGAGAAUCUAUGGUUCAGUGCAAGGUGCAGGUUGUCAGCAGAUUUGCAAAAGCAAGACAAGGUUCUUAUUGUUGAGAGAGUCAUUGAUUUCUUGGGCUUACAGAGUGUGCGGGGUUCCUUGGUUGGAACAGUGGAGAAGCGAGGUAUCUCUGGAGGCCAACGGAAACGAGUGAAUGUGGGGCUAGAGUUGGUAAUGGAGCCAUCACUUCUGUUUCUUGAUGAACCUACUUCUGGACUAGACAGUUCAUCUUCUCAAUUACUUCUAAGAGCACUUCGACGUGAAGCCCUUGAAGGAGUCAAUAUCUGCAUGGUUGUCCACCAGCCAAGCUACACCUUAUUCAACAUGUUUGAUGAUUUGAUACUCUUAGCAAAAGGUGGUCUUGUAGUCUACCAUGGUCCUGUAAAGAAAGUUGAAGACUACUUUGCAGGCCUUGGUAUCGAGGUCCCAGAACGAGUUAAUCCUCCGGACUACUUCAUAGAUAUUUUGGAAGGGUUGGUGAAGCCAAGCAUCAGUUCAAAUGUGAACUACAAGGAGCUUCCUGUGUUGUGGAUGCUUCACAAUGGUUAUUCUGUGCCCCCAGAAAUGCAACGGAGUGCUGCUGCGCUUGCAUCUUCACCAGUGGAAUUAAACAUUGACACUCAAGCAAUUUUUGAUCAUGUAACAGAGGAAAAUUCCUUUGCUGGCGAAAUGUGGCAAGAUAUGAAGACUAAUGUGGAGCGCCAACGUGAUAUUAUACUGCACAAUUUUAUGAGGUCAAAGGACCUCUCCCACCGGAGAACUCCAAAUGUUCUUCUGCAAUAUAAGUAUUUCAUUGGAAGGUUAAGCAAGCAAAGAUUACGAGAAGCAAAAAUGCAAGCAAUAGAUUAUCUUAUUCUCUUAGUUGCUGGAGCUUGCUUAGGAUCACUAACCAAAGUGAGGGAUGAAAGCUUUGGCGCACCUGGCUAUACACACACUAUAAUUGCUGUUUCUUUGUUAUGCAAAAUUGCGGCUUUGAGGACAUUUGGAUUGGACAAGUUACAAUAUUGGAGAGAAAGUGCCUCUGGCAUUAGUAGCAUAGCUCAUUUUGUUGCCAAAGAUACAAUAGAUCAUUUUAACACCGUGAUAAAGCCUGCUGUAUAUCUUUCAAUGUUCUACUUUUUUUGCAACCCAAGAUCUUCUUUCGCAGAUAAUUAUGUGGUGUUACUGUGCCUUGUGUAUUGUGUGACUGGAAUGGGUUACACAUUCGCCAUCUUCCUAGCACCAGGUCCCUCUCAGCUAUGCUCGGUACUUGUUCCUGUGGUUUUGACACUCGUUGCAUCUCGCACCGAUGGUGGUAAAUUCCUCAAGAUCUUGGCAGAUUUAUGCUAUCCAAAGUGGGCACUGGAGGCAUUUGUCAUCGCAAAUGCUGAAAGGUAUUAUGGUGUGUGGCUCAUAACUCGUUGCGGUGCACUUAUGAGCUGGGGAUACAGUCUUCAUGAUUGGAGUCUAUGUUUGUGCAUUCUCCUGCUCAUAGGUUUAGGUAGUCGAAUCAUUGCUUUCUUUGGCAUGCUAAGCUUCCAGAGGAAGUGAGAAUUGAUAAUUCAUCUCACUUCUUUUUGUAGUUAAAUCAUUUUCUCCAUAGGAUUCUAUCCUCUAUUGCUGAUAUAUAUAACUCAUCAUCUUCUGCAAUGAAAUUAUUGAGCUCUUCUGUUCCGUUUAGCAACAUUGACCU